AAAAAUUCUCAAUAGGCAAACUCGAAAGCAAAAAGCAUACACGAAACAAAACAGCGCCUGCUCGGGUUCGCAGAGUAGCUGGGCAUGCCUAGUAGCGAUGCGACAGGAACGUGAAGUUGGAGGAACGCCGUUGGUAGGAAUCUCGUUAAAAUAAAACUUCGAUUUUCUGUUGCUUUGUACGUACGCUAUCGCUCGAGAAUUAUUCUCAGUGGUGGCGCAAUAGCGAAGUGCCGUCGGAACGCGAUUUCUGCAGUCCAGUCAGUCACUUUGCCGGCUGUUAGUGUUGUUGGUGCAUCGUCGAGAGUGGUCUCGCUCCGAGAGGCACAGGAUAUUGAUUUGCACGCUGUCUCGUACGAUUUUCAAUUCAGAAUCAACCGUGGUGCUUCUCGUACCCCUUGAAACGAUUCCGAGGUACGGGUACCAGAACUCAGCGAACAAACUGGGUGACGCUGGAUCAUGGAUGUUACACUUUUGCUGUUAGCUCUGGGUGUUAUUGCUGCGAUGUUCGGUGUUGUGGCGACGAGGUUCGGUUUCCCUGGGUUCAACAAGAUUGCCCAGAUCGCGCUCGCUUUGGCCUUACUUCCAGUUAUCUGCAGAUUUCAUCGGAAGUUAUAUAUCAUUUGCAAAGUUCUACCUCGUGACCUAAAAUUCCUGUAUCGUGCUGUUACGGCAGAAAUCGAAAUAAAAGGGCAACGUCGAAACAAUAUGACCGUCGUGAAGGUAUUUAAGAAAAGAGUGGAUCGUUAUCCUAACAAGCCUUGCUUCUUCUUCGAGGAUCAAGUUUGGACUUACUCCGACAUUAAUAAAUAUAGCAACCAGAUCGCAUAUGUUUUUCAAAAAGCUGGUUACGUAAAAGGAGAUGCCGUGGCCUUAAUGAUGCCCAAUAGACCAGAAUAUGCGGCUAUUUGGCUCGGCCUGGGAAAACUCGGUGUCGUUACUGCACUGAUUAACACAAAUUUGCGUCUCCAGUCUUUGAUUCAUUGUCUUCGUAUCGCUAAAGUGAAGAGUAUUAUUUACGUGGAAGAAUACUCGUCUGCUGUCGAUGACAUUAUGGACUCGAUCCAGGGAAUCGUGAGAUACAAAGUAUGUUUCAAGUCUGAAACCUGUGAGAGCGGAGUGUACGAUUUGAACAAACUUCUAUCGGAAGCCAGCACAAACGAGCCUGUCGUAAAAGACGAACCCAAUUACCGGGAUAAGCUGCUAUACUUUUACACAAGCGGUACCACUGGUUUACCGAAAGUUGCUAUAGUUCUCAAUUCGAGAUACUUGCUGGUCGUAAUGCCCUUUAAUUUGGUGGGUUUGAGAUCGGGUGAUAUCCUAUACAAUCCAAAUCCCUUGUACCAUACUGCUGGUGGAAUGCUUGGAGUAGGUUUCGCAAUUCUGAAAGGUAUACCAACCGUGUUAAGGACCAAGUUUUCAGUGUCGGCUUAUUGGACAGAUUGCAUCAAAUAUAAUUGUACCGCAGCACAAUACGUCGGUGAAAUGUGUCGUUACUUGCUGAAUGCACCCCCUAAACCAGAAGAUAAUGCGCAUCGUUUGAGACUCAUGUUUGGAAAUGGCAUGAGGCCGCAGAUUUGGAGCGAAUUUGUCAAACGUUUCAAUAUUAAACGAAUUUCCGAAUUCUACGGGUCUAGCGAGGGCAAUGCUAAUAUUGCUAAUUUAGACGGUCGAACUGGCGCCGUUGGUUUUGUGCCACUAAUCGUGCCACGAGUGUUUCAUCCUCUAGCAAUUAUCCGCGUGAAUAAUCAGACAUACGAGCCUGUUAGAGGGACGAAUGGCUUAUGUAUAAGAGCAGAAACAAAUGAGCCAGGCAUGUUCAUAGGAUUAAUAAAAGAAGGAGACGCGUUAAGAGAGUUCAAUGGAUAUCUGGAUAAAGAAGAGUCGAAAAGAAAAAUAAUACAAGAUGUAUUUGUGAAAGGUGAUAAGGCCUUUCUAACAGGUGAUAUUUUGGUAGAGGAUGAAUACGGUUACAUCUAUUUCAAGGAUAGAGUAGGCGACACGUUUAGGUGGAAAGGAGAAAACGUUGCUACUGCGGAAGUGGAGGGAGUUAUCAGUAAUAUCGCAGGAAAAAGAGACGCUACCGUUUACGGAGUUCAGGUGCCUGGAAUGGAAGGAAGGGCAGGAAUGGCAGCGAUAGUUGACCCAGACAGCCUUCUGGAUUUCAAAGCUCUAGCAGAAGGUUUAGAGAAAGCACUGCCAGCAUAUGCUAGACCAAUCUUCUUGCGAAUUGUGAAAGAACUGGAAAUAACAGGGACAUUUAAGUUGAAGAAGAUGAACCUUCAAGAGGAAGGUUUCGAUCCGAGCAAAAUUCAAGACAAGAUGUACUUUUUAUCCGGUAACAAAGAAUACGUCGAAAUCACACCAGAACUUUAUCAAGAAAUUAUUUCCGGAUCGAGAAAGUUCUAGUUGUAACGUUAACGCUUGGCGAGCGACACUCGAUUGUCGAAUAUACUUGUAAAACGAGUACAUAUAUAACUUUUUUUUACUACAUGAAUAUGACUUUCUGCACGCGUCUUGUAGAUACAAUGCAUAGGAUAUUAUGUAAUAACAUCAGGCAUGUUAAACCAUAGAAUUAUAGGCGGAUGUUUUUUGAACUUAUGAAAAGAAGGGGAGAGAGUUAUUUUUACGAGGGCUCAAAAAUAGGAAAAAGAGAUAAGCGAAAGAGGAAUUACAUUUUUGUCAUCAACCACGGGAGACGAAUAUGGUGACAUGUUCCUGUUUAUUUUAUAAAUACUGUGUAUAUUUUUAAUCAAACGAAACGGUCCGUAGUAUAAGACAAAUUGGCAUUGUAGGUAGGAAGAUAGCAACGAAUAAAAUCAUUCUUAACACGUAA